AUGUCCACCGAGGAUGCCCGAAAUCUUGCACGGGCAGGUACUGGGGCGAUUCCCCCAUCCGUGGAACUUCUGAAGUUCGGUCGUUGCUUGCACCCAGGUGUCGGCAGACUCUUGGGAUAUGAGGCCCAAGAGUAUGUGUGGCUGGACAGCCCGCCGUAUGACCGGGAGCAGAUGUGGAGCAUGUUUCAGAUGUGGGAUCUGCAGCCACCGAGCCUUGUGAUUAAUCUCUUUGGAGGUUACUGCCAUCCUCAGCACCUCCUCUUGCCGGCCGACAUCGAGACCAUGGAGCAAUUGCCUGGUGUCGACAAGGUCGUGAAGGAUGCCAGGCGAGUCAUGCAGUUGCAGGCUCAAGAGCUCGACAAGUCCGAAGAGGCGAUUGACAUGGCUGAGCUGCAAAGAACCAUCGGAACGAGCUUGUUCGAUCGGCUUGUCGAAGAUAUGGUCGCCCUGACGGAGGCAUGCUCAAAAACGAACAGCUGGCUCCUGUUUGAUCAGAGCAACAUUGGCCAGUUGUAUUACAUUCUGGAGGCCGCCCUUGCGAGGACCAAGUUCAGGCCCGUAAUUCUCAUGUUUGUGGACUCGGCGCUCAAAGAAGGUUGCAAGUUCCGGGACGGCAAGCACGACUACCAAGAAGAAGCCUGGAGGAAGCUGGAAGAGAAUGUGGAUGUUGUGCACCAAGAAGAGACCUUGCAGAAGCUGCCAAUCGUCGAUUUGCCCCCAGACCUCUUCCCAGAAUCUACGAACCUCUGGCCGGUUCCAGAAGACAUGGCCGCCACAGAGGCGGCGAAACGGGACACUCUCUGGAGAUCCCACUAUGGGAGGUGGUUCUUCCGUGCAGCCACUCAUUACAUCUUCUGCAAAGGAUCCGGGAAUUUCGGGGAUUCGGCCGUUUGCUUUGACCUGGACUGGCUUGGGCCACAGGGGAGCGUGUACAGCUCUGGAGCCAUACGGAGCGGCUCCAUGAGUGAUAUGAUUUUUUCCUCUUUGGAUGCAGGGAGGCCGGCCAUUCUCUUUAAGCACACGGGUUUGGCCAGCGACCUCUGGAGCCACGUGCUCGAGAACAGCUGGGUAAAUACCAAGCUUUUUGCUUCGAUCACAACCCUUCUGCGGAAAGAUUGGCAUCGACUGUCCCAAUCCUUUGUUGUCGUGGAUGCCUUCCAAGACAAGCCCGACAAGGUCUUGGACAAAAUCAGCGCUUGUUUUGCUGGCACAUGCGGUGGUGCUACAAGGCUUGGUGAAGAUGAUCUGCGUGCAAGGAGCCUGGCAGAGGCUAGCGACUUACAUCGGCAACUGCGAUUCAAUGCAAACCGCUUUGCAUCGCGUUCGAAUCUGAUGGCAGUUGGUGGUGUGACUCUCUCCUUGCUUGCCACUAUGAUUGCCGCUUGGAGUGCCUGGCUAGACACGCAAAUGGGGACUGAUCAGGAAUCGUUCCUGCAGUGGGUGGGGGAUAUGGCAUUGAUCCUGAUGCCUGCUCUCAGUGGCCUUGCCUUUACGUUGCUUUCGCGACUUCGGUACAUGUCAAAAUGGGGAGCCGUAUAUCUGGCUGCCGCACAGGUUGAGUCAGAGAUCAUGAGAUUCCGAGUUCAGGUCGAAGACUAUGGCUCGAUGCAGCUACCAGAGGAGCAGGAGCACACCGUCUUGCUUGCGUCCAAGGUAGCCUCGCACCAGAAUUUCAUCACGACACGCUUCACGCUCGAAGAAGAGUCCCGCGGAUCAGCGGAACGCAGCCCGCUUCUCGAAGAAGACGAUGAACACCUCAGCUCUGCAGCAGUAUUUCCUUCAAGCGGGAAGACCACGAUAUCCGUCGAGGAGUAUUUCGAAGAAAGGGUCAAGACCAAGCUACAGUACUGGCAGGCCCUGGCACCCCGAUUGUCUCAUCGAGUGGCUUUGUAUGAAGCGCUCAUUGUCUUAUCCUCGGUUUUGGGCACAGUCCUGGGCGCAUUGGACCAGAAACUGUGGAUUCCCUUUAUGGUCGCCUUGGGUGCUGCCAUGAACACCUUGAUGCAUCACGAAGGGCUGCAAGCCCGACUCUCUGCGCUCAAUGCUUCCAUCCAGGAUUUGCUCCACAUCCGUCACCGAUGGUCAGCCCUGGGUGUCGUUGAGCGACGAACAAACUUCCACAAGGAAUGGAUGGUGAACCUCGCCGAGGCAGAGUCAUGA